AUGGAGGGCUGGCAAAGACACAGCCGAACCAACUUUGGAAUAUUUUAUUGGCAACAGAGCAUGAUGCUCGCAUGGUGUUGUAAUACCAAUUUUGGAAUUCCGUUGGCGUUGAUUCUUUUGCUUGGAUGUGGAAAAAAACCCGGUGAACCGAUUCCAACUAGUGCUUGUGAAAACGACAUCAUCCUAUUUAGUGAUAUACACAAUGUCGAGUUUUGUCAUCAGUUAAAAAUUGCCUUCAUUUCCAGAAUUGUCAUACAUGGAAUCAAGAAGUUCGGUGCUGCGCAUUUUGUGCUGACAAGGUAUAUGUUGCGGAAGGCAGACGACAUCUACAAAGAAUUCAAGAAGAAUAUUUGA